AUGGCGGCGCCCGGGGAGCAGCUUAGGAGGCGGAAGGCUGCGGACGCUGGCCAGGAGCCUGCGUCUCCGCCGGGGCCGGGGCACGACCCCGCGGGCUGCCCGGCCCGCCUCCGCGCGGGCACCUUCUGGCUGACCAGGAUCGUGCUCCUGAGGGCCCUCGCUUUCAUUUACUUUGUGGCAUUCUUGGUGGCUUUUCAUCAGAACAAGCAGCUGAUCGGAGACAGAGGACUCCUGCCCUGCAGAGUGUACCUGAAGAGUGUGCAGCAGUACUUCCAGGGGCAGGUUGGCUGGGGCGCCGUGAGCUAUGCCCCGACCCUCCUCUGGCUGCUGGACUGGUCACACAUGGACUCCAACCUGGAUGCCCUCGCACUGCUCGGACUGCGCUCUGGGUCCUCUACAUGUCCCUGGUCAACGUGGGACAGAUCUGGAUGGGAGUCCCAGCUUCUGGAAACAGGGUUCCUGGGGAUUUUCCUGUGCCCUCUUUGGACUCUGUCUCGGCUGCCCAGGAAGACCCCCACGUCCCGGAUCGUUGUGUGGGGCUUUCGGUGGCUGAUUUUCAGAAUCAUGCUCGGAGCAGGCCUGAUCAAGAUCCGGGGGGACCAGUGCUGGCGAGACUUGACCUGCAUGGACUUCCACUACGAGACGCAGCCGGUGCCCAACCCCAUGGCCUACUUCCUGCACCACUCCCCAUGGUGGGUCCACCGCUUCGAGACCCUCAGCAACCACUUCCUGGAGCUCGUGGUGCCCUUCUUCAUCUUCCUCGGACGGCGGAUGUGCAUCCUCCAUGGCGCCUUACAGAUCCUCUUCCAGGUGGUCCUCAUUGUCAGUGGGAACCUGAGCUUCCUGAACUGGCUGACCAUCGUGCCCAGCAUCGCCUGCUUCGAUGACGCCACCAUGGGGUUCUUAUUUCCCUCCGGGCCUGGCAGCCUCAAGGACCAAGUCCUAAAGAUGCAGAAGGAGGAAGCCCGGGAGGCCCGGCCUACGCCGACAUACGGCUGCAUGGUGCGGCAGGCGGCCAACCUGGCCCUGGGCGUCCUGGUCGCCUGGCUCAGCAUCCCUGUGGUCUUGAACUUGCUGAGCCCCAAGCAGGUCAUGAACAGCUCCUUCAACCCCCUCAGAAUCGUCAACACAUACGGAGCCUUUGGAAGCAUCACCAGGGAGCGAACAGAGGUCAUCCUGCAGGGCACGGCCAGCCCCAACGCCAGCGCUCCGGACACUGUGUGGGAGGACUACGAGUUCAAGUGCAAGCCGGGUGACCUGAGGAGACGGCCAUGCCUCAUCUCCCCCUACCACCACCGCCUCGACUGGCUCAUGUGGUUCGCAGCCUUCCAGACCUACGAGCAGCACGAGUGGGUCAUCCACCUGGCGGGCAGGCUCCUGGCCAACGACGCCGAGGUUCUGUCCCUGCUGGCCCUUAACCCCUUUGCGGACAGGGACCCCCCCAGGUGGGUCAGGGGAGAGCACUACAGGUACAAGUUCAGCCGCCCCGGGGGCCUGCACGCCGCAGAUGGCAAGUGGUGGAUCCGGAAGAGGAUCGGCCCCUACUUCCCUCCACUCAGCCUCCAGAACCUGAAGGGCUACUUUAGGUCACGGGAGUGGCCGUACCCAGCACCGGAAUAGAGGGACACGGGGCCUGUCCACCAAGAAAUAAAGUGGGAAGACAUUAGCACCCCUGC